GGGACUUUUGCUGGAGAGCAAAGAGAGAAACCCCGGUAAAGGUAAGACCCCCCGCUUGGGGUACAACUGGGACAACACAGCAGAGAUGCACGCUAGGAGGGCUCAGCCUCGUUUGGGUGGGAGAUGAUGUGCAAGUAGGAAACGCCACCGAAGGGAACAAGUUUGGUUUAGAUGGUGGGAAAACGGUGCCGCAUUUCCCUUCUCACUCGUGGGGAGGAAAGUCGGGAGAGAAUGCUGCAAGAAAAGAGAGAGAGGAAGCCACUUGAUGAUGUGGUUGGGUGGGUUUGUGGGCGAGCGGGGGCGAGGUGGCCAAUGGGAGAAGGGGGGUUAGAUGCAAUAUUGCUUUCAGCUGAAGGAUGCGGUGGUAGGAUGGACAUGGGUUAUGGGACUGGGAUAUGGGGGGGGAUUGGGCUGAGCCUUGCUGUUCGGAGUGUGGUGGUGUGGUUAAAAAGGUUCCGGGUGGCCGGUUUUGAUCGUUGAUGGGAGAUUUGUUUUUUGUUUCAACUGGAUUGGGGGUAGUUUGACUGGUGUUGAUUUUUGCCAGUUUUGUUUACAGAACACGAGAGGUAUAUCGCUGUGGACGGCAGGUGGUAUUGGCUGUUCUAUGAGCUUACAACCUAGCUGGGUGCUCACGCGGAACAAAGAUGAAAAGAAGAAUUGUUGAAGGUGCCCUCGCGCUGGGUUGGGCUGGGCUGGCAGAUGCCAAAGCUCUCAAAUGGGGAAGUGAUAAUGAACCGCGGUGGGAACCGGCGAAGGAGACUGGGUGUGAUCAUAAGGAUUACAUGAUGGGGAUCUCGCCUACUGUGACCUCGCCGCCAGAAGGGACAAAGACGGAUGAGGUUAUCUUGAGGUUACAGGGGAAGAGACAGAUCAGUGUCACCGGCACCAGAAGCUCGAGCGAGGAGGAGCUCAAGGGACCGACUUGCGGAUACGUCAGCGGUUUGGCUUCAAUCCCCCUCUACUGCGACAUCACCCAAUCCUGCCACUACAACGCCCUCCUCACCCACAUCGGCUGCUGCGACACCACAACCAGCAACUGCCCGGUGCCCACCCGCUGCCUCGACUCGACAGACCGCUCCCUCUUCACAACCCGAAACGGCUUCACGCUCUGGUGCGGCCAGACGGAAUACCCCCACUGCCUCACGCACAUCUAUGCUGAUCUGGCGAACGGUCCGAAUUCGUAUACCCUCAUGGGAUGCGGUGUGGCAGCCGGAUCAGAUGUGGUCUACGCCACGGUCCUCCCUCGAACCGGCCCUUCCUCUUCCACCACCACUGAAACAACAACUACUACCACCACCACCACCUCAACCAACACCCCCACCAACACCCCCCCUCCAGAAAACCCCCCUUCGACCCCCAUCGGCCCAAUAGUCGGCGGGGUAGUAGGCGGAAUCGCAGCCCUGGCCAUCGUCGGUCUAGCAAUCUGGUUUUUAAUCAGAAGAAACCGCCGAAAACGACCCGCGCCUGACCCCCAACCCCCGGUGGCACAGGUUAAUCAUACUAGUCCGCCCCCUCCAUCAAGUCACCUGUCCUAUUCCCAACCUCCACCAUCAUCCCACCUCUCCUUCAGCAACUCCCAGCACCCGAGUAACCAGAUCUCCGAGUAUUAUCCCGGCAGUGGGGGGCAGGGAUUCAGCCCGAUGGAUCCGAGGGGGAGUGUCGUCAAGCCGAGCUUUAUGAGCACGACCACCGCGGGGGGGGAGAGCAGUCCGGGUUUCGAGGGGCAUGGGACGCCUAGUCCGCCGCCGCCGGGGGGUAAUGCUUUUCAGAAUCAACAGCCGGGGCAGUUUGGGCAGGGGCAGUUUGGGCAGGGACAGUUUGGGCAGGGACAGCAACAGUUUGGGGGACAACAGGAUCAGGGGCAGUUUGGUGGGCAGGGGUAUAAUAACUUGAACCCGGUGACGCCUCCGCAGCAGCAGUUUGGGCAGCAGCAACAGCAGUUUGGGGGGCCGCCGGUUUAUAACCCUUAUGGACAGCAGGGGGCGCAGCAGGGGGGGUACGUGCCUGGUCGGGGGGCAGAACUGCCUACUGAGAGGGGGGAUGGGGAGGUUAGGGAGUUGCAGUGA